AUGUGCCAGCCUAAGUUUCUUCCGGAGCCGGAGGCCCCUACCGUGGGCUAUGGAAGCAGGGUCCGGCUUCCGACGGGCAACCGCUCGCGAACCAUUUCCCUGCAGGAGCUCAUGGAGCAUUUUCACCUUCCGAUAAACGAAGCUGCUUGCAAGCAGCGAUGCGGGCUGUCCGACUCCGUGACUAGGCACGGUAGGUUCGCCUGCCGCUUACGAACAGAGGAGCGGUUCGCCGCCAUUCCCGCCGAGAUGAUGUACGCAGCAUCCCACGCGUCCUCUGGUCCACCGCGUCGACCACUUCCCGUCCCGUCAUCGUCUCCGUCUCCGUCAGGAUCGACGGCAUCGGCGGGCGAUGGCCGGUUCGUCCCGAACCCGUUCCAGUACAAUGCGCGGGUGGCGUCGGCGCUGGUGCCGUGCGUGCUGGUCCUGCUAGGUGCGGGAGGGCCAGUAGUUGUGGGCACGCUGGUAGCGGGGCUCAUGCUCUCGUACGUGCUCGACGCGCUGCAGCUCAAAACCGCCGCGUUCGUCGCCAUCUGGACGGCAUUCUUCUCCACCGCCGCCGCCAUCGCGUUCUCGGGGGUCGGCUUUGCGCCGCACGUGCCGGUGCCGCUCUCUCUGCUGGUGCUGCUGUCGUCCGUGAACCUCGUGUUCCUGUGCGGCGUGUGGGUGUCGCUGCAGUUCCGAUGGCUGCAUCUCGAACACCCUUUCGUCGUGCUCACACUCGAACGACUGCUCUUCGCCUGCACGCCCCUCACCGCCGUCGCCAUCGUCACCUGGGGGCUAGUCGCCUCCGUGGGGAUCGUGUACGCGCCGUAUUACCUCGUGCCCGUGCUGUUCGCGCUCUUCUGGCUCUUCUCCCUCCCCGCUCCCUCCUCCUUCCGCGCCGCGAAGCACCAUCCGCGGCUCCGCGCGAAGGAAUCUGACGACGUGUUCAUUCUCGGGUCGCUGGAGAGCGCGAUUCACGUGGCCGUGCUGCUGUUCCUGCCAUUGAGCUUCCACGUGGCGGUGCAUCGCAACCGUUGGAUGGAGUCAGCGGGUGAUAUCUGCGAUGAUCUGCUGCUCUUCUUCCUGCCCGUGCUCUUCCUGCUCGUCGCGUCCACCCGCGGCGCGCUGCACUGGGUCGUCCGCGACCACUCCAAGCUGCAACACGUGCGUGUGGUGAACGGGACAUUCGCACUGGCAGUGGUGCUGGUGUGCGGGGAGGUGCGGGUCAUAUUCCCCUCCUUCGCGCACUACAUCCACUUCCCGCCGCCCCUCAACUACAUCCUUGUCACGCUCGCCCUCUUCGGCCUUGCCUUUGGCUUCGCCGCCCACCUGCUGGGGCUUGUCACAGGGCUUGUGGGCACGUCCGUGCUCAUGACUGUGCUGCUCGUCUCCUCAGUUGCUGCAUCCCUCGUGCUUGGCAUGCCCCUCACCAUGCUCCCAGCGCCCGCCACAGCAGCAGCGUACCUGGCACACUUCCACUCCUCCCGUUCCCUGACCUCCUACCUCAUAUUCGCAGCAGCAGCAGCCAUCGCUGCCACCUGGUUCGUGCUCCACCACUUCUUCUUCCUCGCCCUCUCUGUCGCCGGCGUGCCGCUGCGCUCCAUCUGCCAGGGGAUGCUCGCUGCGCUGCUGCUCGCGCUGCUCGUGCCCGCCGCCACGCUGCUGCACCGGCCGCAGCGAGUGACUGGGGUGCUGGUUGUGCUGCAGGCUCUGCUGUUCGCAUGGCUGGAGAGCCUGCUCUAUAACGGGGAUGGACGGGCGGAGGAGGGCGUGUACCCGAGCUUCCUGGUGGUAACCACCACAGUGGCAGGGCUGGCAGCGGUGCAGCGGUUACACGCGGAGCACAAGAUAGGCCCGGUGGCGGAGUGGGUGGGGUCGUGCGUGUACCUGGCCAAGCUGCCCAUGCUCGCUGUGUCCUCUCCUGGCGCCACGCUCUCCUCCCUGCUGCUUCUGCUUGCUGUCACCCCGCCCUUCUUCCUCUACCGGGACAAGGCCCAUGCACGCUCGCGCAUGCGCCCGGGAAUGGCGGUGGUGCAUGCAGCAGCGGCAGUGGCAGCAGUGGUGCAUGCGCGCUUCAUGCUAUUCGACAUCGCCGUGUCCCUCACGGGCCACCGCCCCUCCCACGCUCUGCUCAUCGGCGCUCUGCUGCUCGCUGCCAUCGCUGCCUGCCUGCCCAUCCUCCUCCUCCACUUUCCCCACUCCAUGUCUGCAAGGCGAGCAGCAGCGCUGGCAGCAGCGGGAGCAGCGCUCUUCAUGUGCCUGCAACCCCCACUUCCCCCCGCAUGGCGCGCUCUCUGGGACUCGGCACACUUCCCCGACGAGGACGACCCCGACGAUUCCACAAUCUACGCCCUCCCCACGCACGGCCCCCUCUGGCCCGCCUGGCUGCUCCUCUCCCUCAUCCUCUCCGGCCUAGCCGCUUUCCUCCGCGCGAUCCCCAUAGGGGAGGUGGAGGCGGUGCGGGUGGGGUACGCAGUAGGCAUGGGUGUGGCUACUGGUGUGUAUCUGCAGGCAGAGUUUUUCCUCUUCCUGCCGCUGCUGCCGCGAGCUCUCCUCUUCCUGGCGGCCAUAGCAGGGGCGCUGUUUCUCGUGCUGGCUCAUCGGCCGCCCUCGUGGAUUCCCCCCCACUCGCCGCUGCUGCCGGGGUUGUUUGCGGUGCAGGCAGCGCUGCUGCCGCUCACGUACCUGGCAGUGGGGAGGGCGGCACUGGUGGAGGUGCAGGGGGAGGGGGAGGCAGGCCAGGAGUAUGACUUGUAUGACGACACGCGGCGUCAGGCAGCGCACACAGCACUAAUGGGCAUCUACUGCGUCUACUUCCUGCUCGCUGCUCUCCUCAUCAACCUCAACCUCUCCUCGCCCCGCCGCUCCUCCUCCGCCUCCUCCCUCUCCUCCUCCUCUUCUGACCGUACUGGCCUUCCAUCUGCUGCCAAUGGCGCCUCUGCGCUGCCCCAGACCUCGCCCUUCGCUCCAAAGCACCGUCCUGUGAGGGAGAUGAACCUGCUAACAGCUUUCACCUCACGCCCCUUCCCUUCCUUCUCAUCCUCUUGCUAUCUUUGCCUGUCCCCGUCCCUGUCUCAUGCCGCCACUUCCCCUGUUCUCUCCUUCAUCCUAUCCCUCAUCUUCUUCCGUUUUACCUCCCUCCCCCAGCAGCGGCACAUGGGUCUACUAGCGACCUUCACCUCACGCUCUUCAUGGAUGCCCCUGGUGGGCAACGCCGCAACGCUCGCCUCCUUCCUGCUCGCACUCUCCCUCCUCACCACCCUGGCGCAGCACGACAGCGACCAACGGGCAAUCUUCCUCAUCGCACCCAUCCUCCUCCUCCUCAACCCCCACCUCUCCUUCCCCUCCGCCUUCUCCCACCGCCGCCGCUACUUCCCCCUUACCCUCGCCUGCUCCGCCUACCUCGUUCUCUCCGUGCUGGUAACCGUUACAGCUGAAGCAGCCACGGCCGUGUAUUACUGGGGGUGGAGCUGGGUAACGCUGGGUUACAAUGUAACGCAGCUGGCUUGGACAGUGGGCAUGGUGCUGCUGUGUGUGCCCAUGCACGUGCUCUUCAACCUAUUCAUGUGGGAAAAUGUGCGGAGGAGUGAGUAUCUACUGCUGCUGCUCGCGCCAAUGUGUGUACCAGCGGUGGUACUGCCGGGGGAAACGCCAGUGGUGCGGGUGGUGGGGGUGCUGGGUCCACAACCCACGGACCUCUGCAUGAACUCUCGAGCUGCUACUACAUUCCCACUGGAAGCUGCAGUCAAGCAGCGGGUGCGCCUGCAGCUUGCCAUCGUGCACCAGGCAGGAGCACACCUCAACCCAUACCAUAUGCCCUAG